CUGGUUGUAAGGUCGCCCACUCACAGUCAGUCCUCCACGCAGUGAGCACAGUCACGGCUGCCCACCAGCAGAACCGCCAUGUCCGACCAGUCCGCCUUCGACACAGACGUCUGGACCUUGACUCGGUUCGUCAUGGAGACGGGUCGACAGGCUAAAGGAGCGACCGGGGAGCUGACCCAGCUCAUCAACUCCAUUCUGACGGCCAUCAAGGCCAUUUCCUCGGCGGUGCGGAAGGCAGGCCUGGCCCAGCUACAGGGAAUCGCUGGCUCUGUGAAUGUGACCGGUGAUGAGGUGAAGAAGCUGGACGUGCUGUCUAACGCUCUGGUCAUCAACAUGCUGCAGGCCUCCUAUGGUACCUGCUGCAUGGUGUCGGAGGAGAACAAGGAGCUCAUUGUCACGCCCAAAGACAAGAGGGGCAAGUAUGUGGUGUGUUUCGACCCAUUGGAUGGCUCCAGUAACAUCGACUGUUUGGCCUCAAUCGGAACCAUAUUCGCCAUCUACAAGAGGAUUUCAGACGGAGAGCCGGAGGAGAGAGACGCUCUUCAGCCUGGCACCAACAUAGUGUGUGCAGGAUACGCUCUGUACGGCAGCGCCACCUUGGUGGCCCUCAGCACUGGUGCAGGCCUCAGCUUCUUCAUGCUGGACCCAGCCAUCGGAGAGUUCAUCCUGACAGAGAGGAACGUGAAGAUCAAGCCAAAGGGGAAAAUCUACAGUCUGAACGAAGGCUACGCUAAAUACUUUCAUCCAUCCAUCAAUGAGUACCUCAAACACAAGAAGUACCCAGAGGAUGGCAGCGCCCCCUAUGGAGCGAGGUAUGUGGGGUCCAUGGUGUCGGAUGUUCACCGCACCAUCACCUACGGAGGAAUCUUCAUGUAUCCGGCUAAUGAGAAGAGUCCUAAGGGCAAGCUGCGUCUCCUGUACGAGUGCAACCCCAUCGCCUUCCUGAUUGAGCAGGCGGGCGGACUGGCGACCACUGGGACUCAGAGGAUUCUGGAGGUCCAGCCUGAGGGGCUCCACCAGAGGGUGCCCUUCGUGGUCGGCUCCCCGGAGGACGUCAACGAGUACCUGUCCUUCGUCAAGAAGUACCAGUGAUUCCGAGCGAUCCAGUUAUACUUUUCUACAUUCACAUUAUGGCUAAUCUAAA